AUGAAGUUCGCCGCUGUCCCGCUUGCUCUCUCUGCUCUCGUUCUCGCUGCUCCUGAGGCUCAGGAGAAGCGUCAGAUCGACAGCAUCAUCAGCGCUGCGACGAGCGCCAUCGGUGCGGGUGCUGGCGACGCGACGAGCGCUAUUGGCGCCGGUAUUGGCGACCUCACCUCUCUGGCCGGCGUCGGUGUGUCCAUCGUCGGCACCGCGGCAAACUCCGUCAUCACCGCCGCGGUCUCCGUCGGCGGCAAAGCUUUCACCGAAGUCACCCAGCUCGGCGGCGAGGGCGUCACGCUCGCCGAGAGCGGCGUCGGCGUCGUCACGUCGUUCGGCGGCUCGGUGCUGACGGUCGCCACGGCCGCUGCUGGGUCGGAGCUUUCGGCUGCUUCGAGCGCGGUCGCGUCGGCUUCGGCGAGCAUUGCGAGCGCGUCGUCUGCGAGCGUUGCGAGCGCUUCUGGUGCUUCGGCUACUUCUGGCGAUUCGAGCGCGGCCGCAUCAUUGCACCCCUCGACCCAGAUGCUCUACGCAGCCGGCGUUGUCGCGGGCAGCAUGGUCCUCGGCGCGAUGUCGCUCUAA